CUCAAAACUACUACUACUACUACUACUAAAUAAAUAAAUUUCACACACACACACACACUGGCACUGCUAUUUCCACCGUAAAACACGCACACAGAAACAAACAAAAGGAAAUGGUCGGAGAAAUAAACCAACAGGGAAUGAUGGUUCAUGUACCACCAUGGACAUCCCUCAUCGACGAUCCCCUCAACCAACUCUCACCCUUCUCCCCUCUCAGCCCCAAUGCCACGUCAUCCAUUUCCAUCGAAGACUACGCUUACUUCCUCCGAAACGACGCCGCUUUACGCCGUUACUUGGAAGAAGACCUUGAAGCAGACUCUUCCGAUUUCGACAUCACUUCUGAGGCUUUUGCUUGCGAUUCUUUCCGUAUGUAUGAUUUCAAAGUCCGCAAGUGUACACGUGCUCGCUCACAUGACUGGACCGACUGUCCGUACGCUCACCCCGGCGAGAAAGCUCGCCGCCGUGACCCACGGAAGUAUAGCUACUCCGGCACCGCGUGUCCGGAGUUUCGUAAAGGGAAUUGUAAAAAAGGAGAUGGGUGUGAGUUUGCUCACGGUGUUUUUGAAUGUUGGCUGCAUCCUCAUAGGUACCGUACACAGCCAUGUAAGGACGGCGUAAGCUGUCGCCGCCGUGUGUGCUUUUUCGCGCACACGCCGGAACAGCUUCGUGUACUGAGUCCGAACCCGAGUCUUGUUGACUCGGGUUUCGGGUCGUCGUUUUUUUCAAAUGCUUCCGACACAUCGACCCCACCGUCCGAGUCACCGCCCAUGUCACCCAUGGACGGGGGACUCAGUCGGUCGUUGGGGUCGGUGACUGUGAGUGAUAUGCUGACGUCACUCAGGAGGUUGCAACUUAACAAGGCUCCAACUAUGAGUCCUUCUUGGAGCAUGCAAAUGGGUCGGGCUGGGGGUGUUUCUUCUCCCCGGGCGGGGUUUUAUAGUCUUCCAUCUACUCCUACCCGACCUGUGACCCGACCCGGGUUAGGGUUUCCUGAGAUCUGGGAAGAAAGUUGUGUCGAGGAAGAACCGGUUAUGGAAAGAGUUGAAUCGGGUCGUGGAGUGAGGGCUAAGAUGUUUGAGAAGUUGUGCAAGGAGAAUCCGUUGGAUCUGGAGCGUGGAGACCCGAAUUCGGGUGAUGGGUCUAACCCGGAUGUUGGGUGGAUCUCGGAGCUUGUCAAGUGAAUGGAUUGUAAUACGAAGUAGACACAACCGUCAAAUGCAUCAAGUGAAGGAGCAGGUGUGGAGGAGCAACAAUAAAAAGCACAAAAAUGAAAAAUCUUUAAGUGGAUACACAAGUUGUUCAUAUAUAAUACCACUCGUAGAAACUGCAUACUGUCUAAGACACUCGGAUUUGACCGGCUCCGUGUAGAUCCUGUACCGUUGCACAUCACUUCUUAACUCUAUCCAAGCUCUUCCUAUGAAGCCGGGAUUGUACCCUUAUUUUAUGUCACCGUUUCAAGUUUAAAAAUAAUAAAGAGAUGAACCUUAGUUUUUUUUUUUUAA